UUCCCUUAGAGCUGGGGCGUGUUUGAGUUUGAUCCCUUACAGUCGGGAAGCAGGAGUCAAGUGGAGACAAAGCUAACCAACUUGACAGCCUCCCGGUCUGAGAAAGCUGCACCUAACGCGAAUACCCUUGUUGGGGAACUCUUAACAUGCUUCGUUCAGUGUUCAUUGCACUUUGGCUACAGAACUAUUUACAAAAUUCAGGGGUUCGGUCCCAGGUAACACCACCAAACUUUUGCAAUGCUGGAAUGUGUUACAGUUUGCAUUUGGAUAGACGUUCCUUUCCACACGCAAAGAAACUAUGCGAGGACAAGAGGGGAAUCCUGAGCACCAUGGAAAGUCCAGGUGAAGCCGAGAACAUUCGGCGGCUAUUGGAAAAUAACGUGCCAGCCAAAGCACAACUGUAUCACCUGUGGAUAGGACUCCACAGGAAGGUGAAACAGUGUUACUAUCCUGACAAACCGCUCCGUGGAUUCUACUGGGUUAAUGGGAAUGACCAUUCCACUUACAGUCCCUGGAUUGGGGAACCCGAGCGUACCUGCACACACGAGAGAUGUGUGCAACUUCAGGCGGUUCUCCCAAACCAACUUCAAUGGAAAACUUCCGCAUGCAACAAAGAAAACGAUGGUUUCAUCUGCAAGUACCAAAUGUGCGAGCAUCUCAAUUUUGAAUUUGGAGAGGUGGUGUAUCAAAAACCCCAGCAGAGUGGGAGUGAGUUCUGGCCCGCUGUACCCGCAGGUUCAGUGGCUAUCAUCGGCUGCCCCAACGGCAAGUCUGUCGUUUUGAAAUGUGACCGCGAGAACGGGAAAAUCAAAUGGUCAUCUUCCAGGAGCCAGGCAUCUAUGUGCAACAGCUGUUGGAAUAAAACAAAUGAAAGCUCGUGUCAAAAUCGCUGUUUUCAGAUCGCCGGAGACUACUUCUGUUACUGUAACAAGGAUUUUUCCAUGGACCCUCUACAAAGAAAAUGCGUUCCAAAUGGAAAUGUGGAAUCUGGCUUCAAUGAAUCGUCCAGGAACGGGUUCAUAGGCACAGCAAGUGUAGCUGCCAAUAUCUCAGCUUUCCCUGCAUCGACAUUAGCCACUGAACCUCCAACAAGACCAUUCCCUCAAACUGCUGAAAAUGUAACAGUUACAUUUCCCCCAACUUUCAGGGAUGCAGAACAAGGAAAGCAGGAAGCGCAUUCAAACGCGCCCUUUCUAAUAUAUCAGGUCAUCAUCGGCGUCCUGGUUCUGGUGCUGCUGAUCAUGAUUGUGGUAAUAAUUAUUCGGGAACGGAGAAGAGGAGGCACCCACAAAGCAGCACCCAGCGAGGAUGGCCUGGCGUUGAAAAGCACAGAUUCGGUUCCUCAGGUGAACGCCAAAGACUCGGUGGAAACUGUGAAUGUUACAAACGAAAACCAUUAUGUUGAAACCACAUCAGCGAGUGAAAAUGAAGUUAACGUUCCCAAGGAAAACGGUGAAAUAAGUCGUUAGCACAUUGAGGAGCCACGAGGAGGCGCUCACUCUACAAUUGCAAUCUUGCACCAACGUAUGUGUUAACUUACAGGAGGCGAAUAUAACUAUCCAAUAACUGGGGUAAUGCAUAAUUUAUCUGGUUUAACGUGAAGGAAGCGUGGAUUUUUAUAACGGUCUUUUAGAAGGCUACUGUGUAUACUUUACUGAACAGGAAACACGAAUAAUGUCCCCAAUAGAUAGGUGAUGCCCUUGUGUACCAUUGACUGUACAAUAAAGAAUAACAAGUUAAACAGUUUGACUUUUGCCAAGUUGUUGCUGUGAGUUACUUAGCAACUUUAAGUAAAUGAUGCGAUAGAAAAAAUAUCUAAGCAAUUUGUGCAAGAAAAAAAUAUUGCAAUGACUUAGAAAUAAAAGACACAUGAUCAUAGGGUUAUUGACCAUGCAAAUAUGCUAACAACCAAAGUCAUUCACCAGGACGUGCAGUUAGUAUUGUUGCAACUAUUGAGACUGGGCUUAUAUUGACAUUGAUCGGAUGAGUAAAUGUCGUUUCCAGGAAACGUCAGUUUGGACGGAUGCCAUUAAAACGCUGCCGCUGUUUACAAAAGAAUACAGCUGAAAUCAAUUGUGGCUUUGAUUAAAAUAUUUUACUCUUAAAAUACGAGCAAUGUUUAACACAGACUUGAUCUCUAAUAUGUUAAAAAGUUAAAUAAUACUCGGUUCAAAUAAUAUAACGGACAUGAUCACCCCCCUAUAUGAAGUGACGCACUGAACAAAAGAGCUGAGUAGAUAUAUGUCAAUAGACAACAUCCCAAUAUAUUGUAGCCACUUGUAAACCAAGCAUGUAUUCUUUAAACUCAUCUUUUCAUACCGCGUAAUUUCACUUCUCCUGUGAGUAAAUACACUGACCCCAUUUGCUCAUUUCUCAACAAAGAAAAGCUAUGGAAUCUGUGGACUUUUGAGUUUUGAUUUGAGUCAGUAGUAUACCCAGUGCUGGAAAGGUUAACUGAGAUGGUAUUGAAUACUCGGCUUCCGAACGAUUUCACUGGGCCUUUUAAACAUCAAAUGUGGCUUUUAAAGAUUGAGUGUUCAAAAUGGCAGCUCCUGCCAAUCAGAAACUCUAAAAGAGCUGAGAAUGGGCCAUCCACUUGGCUGAGUUCCAACAAUAAAAUUAGAUUGUCACGUUAGCCAACGUCAAUUUACAUUUUAAAAUGCGCGUGUUUCUUUGUGAUUGCCUAAGCGCUGUCCAGUAAGGCAGAUCUAUAUCAUCACUGUCAAUAGAAAAGCCUCUUGAGUUCUGCAGAUUGUACGUUAACAUGAUUUGUUCUUAGUUCAAUAGACUUGCUGAGCUUUUCCAGCAACUUGUGUUUUUGUUUCUGAUUCACAGCAUCGGCAGUUCUUUCGGUUUUACCACCGUUGUUUGGCAAUGUACAGAUUAAUGUCGAAAAGUUUGAAAGAUACACCUCCGCCGUGAAUAAUACAACUUUAAAAUUAGAUUUUAAAAGGCAUGAAGAGUAGCUAAUUCGAAAAGAAAGGCCGCCUACAGUGUACGGACUGAAUGAAGCUAAAACCUUCUAUAAG